UAUAUUUUUUAAAAAGUUGGGAUCCAACAUAAUAAAAAUGCUUACUAUCACUUUCGUUUAAAGAUAUUUCAUAUCAUGAUAUUAAGAAUUUGUUUUUGCUGAAACAGUAAAAACCAAACUAAAUUAAAGGUGCCUUUUACCAUAUUGGCAAUACAUUAUUAACUUGUCCUGUUGACAUAAGAUUUUGACAUCAUAAGUUGAGCAGAAAAGAGAAAAAAGAAUUAAUAAAAAAAAAAAGAAUAGCUCCUCCCUCUCCACUUCUGUUGUCUUAAAUGUCCCGGCGAACUGGGGCGGAACGUUUGAGGAGAGCAGUAUUUGCGGACCUGAUUUUCCGAUGCACAAAGGGCGGGACUAUGUUGAUUAGACGAAUAGAAAUACAGAACACGUCUGCGUAAGAAAAGUGUUGACCAAUCGCAGACAUCCUAAAGACAAUAACACAGAAACAGGAAGAACACGCCGACAGCAUGGGUCUGCUAGUUACUGAAGGUCCUAGAUUAUCACUUGUCUGUAUGUUAGCAAACAUUUCGCUCUCAUGAUCACCUGUUUGCAGUUAACAGGUUAAAAUGUACCAGUGAUGUAGUAGAUCUCAGAUUACUUAAUAAAAUGGCAAUAAAUUAAAUUUUAAAUGUAUUAUUCUGCAAUAAUGCUGCCAGUUUCAGUUGUCUGUGGAGGAAUAUACAGAGCUACGAUCCGCACACUUAGGACAAGAAACAUCCCUCUGAAUCGCCGUCUGUCCUCUGGAGGCAGAGUUCUGGCUGGACUUGCGGAUGCUGACACCAUCUUCGCUUUGUCAUCAGGUCAUGGCAGAUGUGGGGUAGCAGUGGUCCGUAUCAGUGGUUCUGCUGCAACCACAGCAUUAAGAUGUAUGGUUGGGCUCGGAAAUCAGCUGCCUCCUCCACGAACUGCGCUGUUACGUAGCAUCACAGACCCCCACUCUAAAGAAGUACUGGACCGCGGAUUGGUUCUCUGGUUCCCAGCUCCUCAUAGCUUCACUGGGGAAGACAGUGUGGAGUUCCACAUCCACGGCGGUCCUGCUGUCAUUACUGCUGUCUUGCAAGCUCUGGGAAGUGUGCCUGGCAUGAGGCCUGCUGACGCUGGGGAGUUCACGCGGAGGGCUUUCCACGCAGGGAAGCUCGAUUUAACAGAGGUGGAGGGACUCGGGGAUCUGAUCCAUGCAGAGACAGAGGCUCAGCGGAGACAAGCUCUCAGACAGAUGUCAGGAGAACUGGGACGCCUCUAUCAGGACUGGAGCCACAGGCUGAAACGGACUCUAGCCCAUGUUGAGGCCUUUAUAGACUUCAGCGAGGAUGAGCUCAUCGAGGAAGGAGUUUUAGACCAAGUGGACAUAUCGGUGUGUGAACUGCAAGCAGAGAUCGAGCAGCAUCUGAAGGAUGAGCGGCGUGGCGAGAGGCUUCGCAGCGGGGUCCAUGUGGUGAUCGCUGGUGCCACCAACGCAGGGAAAAGCAGCCUCCUCAACACACUCUGCCAGAGACCUGCAGCCAUUGUUUCCCCCAUUGCUGGGACCACCAGAGACGUAGUGGAGUCUGCCCUGGACAUCGGCGGCUUCCCGGUCCUGCUGAGCGACACGGCGGGCCUCAGAGACAGCCCAGACCUGGUGGAGCAGGAGGGGGUUCGUCGGGCCAGGGAGAGGGUGCAGCAGGCUGAUCUGACUCUGCUGGUCGUUGACUCCACCAUCCUCCCCUCGGAGGAGCAGGAAGCCGCAGCGCUCCUGCUGGAGCACCUGAGGAGCGUCCUGUCCUCCCAGGUCCAGCCUGGAGCAGGCAGGUGUCUCCUGGUGCUGAAUAAAACUGAUCUGCUACCUGAGGCUCAAAGAGAGAAGCUGAACCUGGGGCUGAGAAGAGUCUCUGGACUCCCACCUGUCUGCCUGAUUUCCUGUCAAACCAACGAAGGACUGAAGGAUUUCCUCACUGUGCUGCAAAGCAGCAUCAAAACAAUGUGUGGUGACCCUCUCUCCGGAGCGCCCACGCUGACCCAGGCCCGCCACAGGGCCCACCUGCAGCAGUGCGUGGCGGCGCUGGCUCAGUACCGGCGGUACCGCGACUCUGACCUCGCUCUGGCAGCUGAGGGCGUGCGGUUAGCGCUCACCAACCUGGGGAGGAUCACAGGACGAGUCGGGGCAGAGGAGAUCCUGGAUAUUAUCUUCAAAGACUUCUGCAUCGGAAAAUAAAGAAGCGAGAGUGAAAACACAGAACACAGGUGAUCCCAGCCCACUCAGGGAGGAAGGCCGUUUUCCCACAGAACCGUUUAGUGGCUGGAACAGCCCGGGCUCUGUGCCAUGCUUCAGGGUCCAAAUAGUCGGCUCUGUGUUCUUGGCUGCUGACGUACCUCCGUUCCCAGGACAAAAAUAUUUUUUCUGGUGGCAUUUUUUUUUUUAAUCCAUCUGAAAUAGUUUUAGGAUGAUGGCCAUGUCUCAGGGGCCCAAUAUACUGGACAAGUGUUUGGCACGGACUCAGUCAUCAGCCGAAAAACUUUUCCAAGGCUAAAUAUUGUCCUUCAGGGCGGCAGCACAACAAAACAAAAUCAGCUGUGCCCUCGACAAGGUCAGCGGAGCGUGCGGAUGUCUGCUUUUAUCAUUGAAAUUUAUGUUUUUCUUAUUUAUUCGUAAAUGUUAAAGGAAGGUCGACAUGUUAAAAUAAAUUGAGAGAAUAUGUGACUGUCGUCUCUUUACAGGUUGUAGGGUUGCCUAGUCAAAGUUUGGAAUAAUUGAGAUUCCAUGGCGUGAACUUAACGCGCUUAAAAUCCCUUCAGUGUGACUGAAUUUAUGCACAUUGAUGAAAAUAAUUCACUGCGAGUUUCUAUAAAUUAAUUUGUUACUGCCAAAUGUAAAGAAAUAACUUUUAAAUGGGACUAGGUUGAUUUGGGCAGACCUGUUUUGCCAUAAAAACUGAAAUCAUGAUUUGAAAUUCAGAUUAUCUGUUAUUUGUUUCAUGAUUUACAACAUUUCAACUCAACAAAUAAAAGCAGAAAGACUGUAAAAGGGCCAAAUGUUUAAGUGAAAAUUUUGAUCUUGGUUGAAGUAGGCAGAGGAGUAAAUUAUCUAUUGUAAACUCAUAUUUUUAUAUCAUAUUAUUUGAAGUAACUGAAGUGUUUUCCUUCAGGCUUAGUUCUCUCAUUGUAUUUACAGAUAUUGACAGAAACAGAAAAAUAUCUCAAAUGUAAUAAUUUGUACCAAAUAUUGCAUCCAGGCAGUAAUUUGUGAUUGUAGUACUGCAGAAAAUAACAUUGUGAUGACACACAAUGUUAUUUUCGAUGUAAUUUUUCGAUAAACUGAAUCACCGAUAUAAAUGAUGAUUCAGUUUAUAGUUUACAAGAUCAAAUUCAAGCACUUCAUCUUCUUAAGGCCUUUUUUCGCCCUUAAAUGAAUGUAAUGUGUUUGUGUAAAACAAGUUACAACAUUUAAUUUUCCUAUUGGAUUAGUAAAUAUUUUUUUUAUUGAGUUUUUAAUUGAAUUGUAAGAUUGCAUUUAGUACAUCUUUUUCUUUUUUUUUACUCAGUUUCAACUCCAGUUCUGGAUGAGGGACAAUGGUUGAGUUUCCAUUGACCAUAAAAUUGCACAAAUUUGAAUGAUAAAAAUAAAUUUGUUUAAUGGAAACAGAGCAAUUUUGAAAAUACUGCCGUUUUUUGAUUAAAUGUUUUUGUUGCAGUUUUUCACAAAACUGCAACAGAAACACUUCUUUUGAUGUCGGAAGACAAAAAGACGACAGAAAGUGGGAGAUGGACGCUGACAUCCAUCUUAUCUUUUAUUAACUUGUGGAUUUAUUUACGUUUUCUUAUUUAAUACAAGCACCACAAUUGCGGAAUUGUGUUUUUUCAACAUUAGCGCAAUAUCAAUAAAGUUUUGCGCACAUUUGUAAUGGAAACGCUGGUAUUAAGGGGCAGCCCUUCUCCCUUCAGUGGGAAAAGGGCGUUUUUGGAGGCGAUAAUCUCUGCACCCUUUGUUCGCCUGUCAAUCUGCCCUUGAUCAAAUAUUUAUGUUUCCUUGUUGAACUCCUCACCCUUCUUCCCCUGGUUCUUCUCUCCCUGUCUGUGACGACAUUCGGCCGCUGCAGACCGGCGUUACUGACGUUUCUGCAUUUGUUUGACUCAGUCUGAGCUGGUGACUCUUCCUCUUGCCGCUUUGCUUUGUCAACUCUCUGAUUCUUUUUCAUGUUUUCUCUGAUUGAUGACAAAGCUGGGGGAGUUUGAGCUAAAAGUGGGAUUUGCUGUCAUGGUGAUUUGUGGUUAGAAAUUUUGGAGCUUUGUCUUUAAAUACUUAAGCCAUGCUUGAGUAUUUGGAUGUAAAUGUUUGUUGUGAAUGUAGCACAACUCAGUACAGUUUUGCUCCUUUGUUAUUGCCUUUUUGGUAAUAUCUACACACAUUUAGCUCUAAAUCCUGGCUAGAAAUGUCUAAAUUUCCAAAGUUGUUAUUUUGUUGAUUUGAAUGCUUCAACCAAAAGUGACCCAGAAAAAAUGUAUUCAUCUUUUUUGCAUAAAGGAUUUUUGUCCAAACUGGCUGAUGUUUGCAUGAUAAAUAAAUAUUAGGUCCAUUGUAGAUAGACAAAUAAAAUAAAAGCUUUUAUUUUUCUAGAAAAAGAACUUGGGAAUUUCUGAGUUUGAAAAGUAGAACGUUAGGUUGGAAAAGCUCAGAAAAUUUCACCUUUUCAAACUAUAACAUGUCCAAGUUUUUUCUAGAAAAUUUCUGAGAUACUUAAAAAACUGGGCUCCAUAAAUCUGAUUGACCAAAAGUCUAAUAAAUAAAUUAGGACUCAUAACAGCUAAAUAUUUCUACCAGAUUUUCACAUGGUUUCUGACUGAUGCCCAACUUUUUUGUCACAUUUUGACUGAUUGCAGGGACUUUAAACUGUCUGUCAGCUUCCUGUGGUUCUGAAUAGUUGCCGUCCUGAGAUGUGAGUGUUGACGUAGCUGGAUCCAGUCCGGUCCGCCCUGUAUCCAUGUGAAUCGAUGUGCAUGAGCGCAUCCGGGACUAUACAUGGAAUCACAAACACUUUAUGUUAAACAAAGGAUUUCCUGCCAACAGAAAGCAGACAGACUCACCUGUAGAUUUCACAUUAAUCAGAAAAGUGAGCCUGACGGAUUGUUUUCUUGUGAAAUAUGGAAAGCAGCAAACGGUUUUUCUCUUUGUCUCUCUGGCUUCUUUACUGGUAACAGGUUGUGGCUACAGGAAGUAUAACUGGUUUCCAUAAGGCUUAAAUAUCUAAGGAUCUCUGCCACCAACCACUUGAACAACAAAAUAAACUGACUUUUAAAUGCAUUGUAAGAAAAAACAUGCUAAUUUGUAAUUAAUCUAAUUACACAAUAUGUUUUAAAAAGUUAGGAUUAAGGGAUUACACUUUUUUCCAAAAGUAUUUCCUUGGACAUUUCUUGUAAUAAAUUUCAGAUUAAUUUUAUUUUCAUAAAGGGGAAAAUAUUAAUCAACAUGAAUACAUGUAAAUAUCCCAGAUUUAGCCAGAGAGGCUAAUUCUCAUCUAUUGUCUCCUAGCAAGUUGAUGGAAGGGAUUAAAAAAAAACAAUUAACAUCAAGACACACAUGAUCUAUGAUUUAUGACAGAUUUUAAUCUAUAGCUACACUGAAAUCUAAGAGUAAUUUACGGUCAACAUUGAUAAUAAAAGUAAAAAUAAGUCACAUCCAUAAGAAAAGACAAACAUGUACAAACGUGAAUGAACAUGAAGUAGUGACUGUGGAAUGAAAGUAAAACAAUGCACAGUUUUCAACCUUUCCAAAUAAAAAUCUGUAAAGUGUGGAGUGCAUUUGUAAUCAGCUCUCAUGAUUCAUGCUUUCUCUAACCAGCAUUCACUUCGACCACUGCUGCAUGGUUUCUGGGAUGUUUCUACCAGAUUUACUCAUUUCUGCUGAUUAUUUGGUGAAUAGUUCAGGCUCAGUUGGAUCUGAUGAAACUGAGAAAGAUGUUUUGUUUCCUUUUGCAAUCAAAAAGUUACAAUUUUGUUCUCAUUGGACCAAAUCCUUUUCUUCCACGUGCAGAUUAGCUUAUUGUUCCAUAAUUGCUCCUACUCUGACAUGUUUCUAACUCAUCACCUAAAACAAAACAUAUGAAUAAAAGCUGAAAAAUUAGUAUUUUACAACUAAUACUCCUUUUCCAUUGAGUGAUGUCUGUUGAAUUUCCUGUGAGAAAAUAAGAGAUUUUUGUACCUAAAGUUACACACAAACGCAGGAUAGUCAAGUCAAAACAGUUUUUAUUUACAUAUCUAACAACAUCACUGGUUCAUUUUUCUUUACUUAGAAACAGAUUAACUAGUAGCUUUUUCAUUUGGUGGCAGGAGAACAAACUUAUUUAACUUCAACAAACCAUAUGUAAUAUAAAAACACAAUUUAUUCACAUAUUUCAGAGCAAUCGGGUUGCUUAAACUCAAAGUUCAAAAUAAAUCAUAAAUUUCAAAGAUAAAUUUAAGUCAUUAUUAUAGGUGCCUCAAAGUUAAGCAGAAGGUGUAUAUUUGCAUAGAUGUGUUGGUAAAGGGAAAAUAGUUUAAUGUAAAUUCACUAUAAUAAAGCAAGAAAAA